CCAUCCCUCCAUAAGUAGUGGUGGUUCGUUGUCUGUACUUGCAGUCGCUCGGGUGGCGUCGUUGACUUUGGUGGUGAUCCCAGAUAGGUCAUCCAUGAUGGGGACUGGAACGAGAUGGAUGGGGUCCAUGCUAUUGGUAGCCUUCUUCUUUUCUGGAGCUUUAGGAAGCUACAUGAUUAUAAUACCAAACUCCUUGGAACUGGGUGGAAAGAUGCAAGUCUGCAUCACUGUAGAUGACAACACAGCUCCUGCCGGGAAACUGACGUUCAGCGGGGUUGGACAAAGGUACAUAUCCUACUCAGAACGAAAGGAAAAUCCAGAUAUAGACGCGGGAGUUGUCGUCUUACCCACAACGACAAUCGACGUUCCUGCUGGACGCAAGAACUUCUGCAAAGAAAUGGGCUCGUCUACCUCGGAACAUUUCCUGCACGAUGCAUCUCUGAACAUCCUGGGGGAAAUAGCUGGAGUCAGCGUCAACUACACAGAGAACAUUGAAGUUGAAAACCAGAAGAAAGUGACUGUCAUACAGACAGACAAGUACUUAUACCAACCUGGACAGACGGUGAAGUUUAGGAUCCUCACUUUUUCUGGGUCUUUCAUGGACAUAUCGACAAAGAAUUACCCUAUUGUGUGGGUGACGUCACCCUCACAAACACGGAUAGCACAGUGGAGGAAUGUCGACAAUUCGGACGGCCUGGUUCAUCUGGAGAUGACGCUGGUGGAGGAGCCCGAAGAGGGUACUUACAGAAUUCACGUCCAGAAUGAAGAUUUAUCAGAGGAAACGACCAACUUCAAGGUGGAGGAGUAUGUUCUUCCCCGGUUCGAGGUGACGAUCGAGUCUCCUAAGUACGUCUUGUCACGUGAUACCGGCUUCUCCUUCAAAGUUUGUGCUAAGUAUACUUUUGGGCAGCCAGUCAGUGGAGAGUUGUCUGUUAGAAUCAGCAAUAACGGACAGAAGAAAUGUUACACCACCAUAACACGGAACGAAACAUUCAGUGGAUGUAAGGAGUUCGAAGUGGUGAACUCGGAUAUGAGAACUGUCGACUGCAGUAUCUAUUCAGUAUCCGUCAGAGCCUUGCUUACUGAGGAAGGUACCGGUGUUGAGAUGACACAAUCUUCUAGCAUCGAAGUAUCGAGGACUCCCGUUAGUUUCAAGACCGUCUACAACGAUCGAUACAUGAAGUACAACCUUCCGUACACUCUUCGGGUCCGAGCUGAACUCCCAGAUGGUGGCCCAGCUGGUGGUACCCUUGUCGAGGCGUGCUUCGAUGGCGGCUGCUCCAACUUCACCACGAAUCCUGAUGGUAUCAUCACUAUCAAUGUCAUGAAAUUCGACAGCCGGAGGGUCGUGAUGAAGAAUCUAAUCAGUUUAGCAGACACUUAUGAUGCCUCCUUCACUGCAACCAUAGACCGCUAUUACUCCCCUUCAAAUUCAUCUUUAAUGAUCUAUGCUCCCGAGGAUGAACUCAAUUGUGUACCAGGUGAAAAUACGGAGUAUAACCUCCAGGUGCUAUUCUCUACUCCAGACCUUACAUCGGCAGUAAUGAACGUCCAGGUCGUAUCCAGGAACAAGAUCCAGCAUUGGAUAACAGAAGAAUACGAAUUCAAGGCAAGUGCUCUGCCUGGCCAAGACGGCAAAAGCUUAGGAGCCAGAGCAGGCACAGUUGGCGCCAUAAAUAUCCCUCUCAGCCUCGCGUCAACAGUAACUCCGGAGGCCUGGGUUUUGGUAUGGUAUAUCCGAGCAGAUGGGGAGGUUGUAUCCGAUUCCAGAGAACUGAAACUGAAGAAAUGUUUACCAAACAAAGUUGAUUUUAGCUGGUCCGUUGAAGAAGCACAGCCGGGAGAACAAGUCACUAUGUCUCUUACUUCGGAAUCUCGUGCUCUCUGCAGCAUAGGUGUUGUGGAUAGGUCCACCGAACUACUGACGCCAGAAUCGAACGCCCUGACCGAGAACUCUUUCUUCUCUGUACUGAAUUCCUACAGUUUCCGAUGGAGGCGAUCCAAGGUCAACGAUUACCUCUACUGCAGGGAGAAACACUCGACUGAGUCAGGAAGAUCGCACUAUGGAUACUACACAGACUUCGUUGAUUCUUUCAAAAUGUUUGAUGAUACUGGAGUUAGUGUGUUCUCUGAUCUCGAACUAGAAACAAGACCGUGUGAAAAGCAAGAACGUGAAAAAUUCUACGGACCCAGCAGAUCAUUUUCCUCAGUCGGUGGAAGUCGAAAUCGUAUCGCAGCAGCUCCUAUGGGAUCUCCAGGUGCUCCAGCUAUGGACUAUGAUGAAUCACAGCCCGAAAUGUCUUUCACGAGCGCCGAUAUGACUUCUGUAGAGACCGACGAAAGUAACCCAAGAACUGAUUUUCCUGAGACUUGGCUCUGGGAUCUUGUUCGCCUACCAGAAACUGGUGUCAGUUCCGGACCUGUGACUGUACCGGACACCAUCACAGAAUGGGCAGGAAAAGUGGUCUGCGUCCACCCGGAUAAAGGCAUAGGAUUGUCGAAGCGAACCACCAUCAAGACUUUCACGUCCUUCUUCCUUGAUCUCACGCUGCCGCCUUCCGUUAAGAGAGGAGAGAUUCUCCCUGUCAAAAUAUCCAUUUUCAACUACUUGUCAGAAAAGCUACCCGUGACCGUGUCCUUGGAAGAGAGUUCAGAGUACGAAAUGCUUGAAAAGUCUUUGGCAAAUCUUUGCAUCGGGUCGAACGAAAUGCAGGUCCACACAGUCAAGAUCCGACCCCUCGUCAUCGGCGACGUCAACAUCUCGGUGUCAGCCUUCGUAGACAGUCGACAUUCGGGUUCGUGUGGAAAGGUAGAUCCUCGUCUUGAAAAACGGGAUGCUAUGAUUAAGCCAAUCGUUGUAGAAGCUGAUGGAUUCCCAAGAGAAAAAACCUGGAACAGAUAUAUCUGCUCAGAUGACAUGGCGGAGGAAGGAGGCGCACAGGAAAGCUGGGAGGUCAGCGCUCCGCCAGCAAUCGUCGAAGGAUCAGACAGAGGGUGGGUGGUGGUUGCUGGAGAUCUGUUGGCAGUUUCUGUUGAGAAUCUCGGCCAUCUUAUCCGUAUGCCUUACGGAUGUGGAGAACAGAACAUGCUCAACUUCGCUCCCAACAUCUUCAUCAUGCAAUAUUUGGAGGCAACAAAGCAGAGCGCCCCCGAGGCCAGGGAGAAACUCAUGAAAUUCAUGAAAACAGGCUAUCAACGACAGCUGCUGUACCUUCGUCAUGAUGGUUCUUUCAGCGCAUUUGGCAACGCCGACGAAACCGGGUCAACAUGGCUGACGGCGUUUGUGCUGAAGUCCUUUGCAUUGGCGAGGGAAUAUAUUUUGAUUGACCAAAAAACCAUAAACAUGACAAGCAAAUGGCUCCGAAAGCAGCGGCAACCUGGUGGUUGUUUCCUGUCCGUGGGAACAACAUUCAGUAAAGCCAUGAGAGGUGGCAUAAAAGAAGAUGGUUCUUCGGUGCCUUUGACUGCUUAUGUCAUGAUUUCUCUCCUGGAAGCUGGCGAGGAGAGUUCACUGUCUUCCGCAUCAAGUGCUGCUGAGUGUCUGAGGGCUGACUCUUCGAAAAACCCAUACAUACUUGCUCUUAAGGCUUAUGCCUUCUCCCUUGCCAAAGACGACACUGCCCAGAGACUUUUGGGCGAAUUGCUACCUCUUGCUAUCGAUGAUGGAAAGUCACUCCAUUGGGAACUACCUCGCUCUUCAUGGGGAAGCAGAUCACUUGAAGUAGAAACAGCUGGGUACACUAUUCUUGCUAUGUUAAGAACUAAUGCAAAGAUGUACGAACAGGAAGUUCGGAAACUUGUCAAGUGGAUCACUUAUCAGAGAAACGGAUACGGAGGCUUCAUUUCAACUCAGGACACAGUGAUAGCCCUGCAGGCAAUGGCUAGCUUCGAGACUCACUUGAGCAGGGGUGACUUGAAUGCCGUCGUCACAGUCAAAUCAACAGGUCUGACCCACUCCUUUAAAGUUGAUGAGCAAAACAAACUCCUGCAACAGCAGGUCACAGUACCGUCGUUCCCCACGACCAUCAGCUUGAACUUGGAAGGAACAGGUUGCACUCUUAUGCAGGCUGUCCUCCGUUACAACAUUCCUGAACCAGAACCGAGCGAUGCCUUUGGUCUGACUGUCAAUACUCGAACCGUCCGAGAUAAGGCUUGUGUCACGAAACAGGUGGAAUUCUGCGCAUCGUACCUUCUCUCAGAUAGUGGAAAAUCCAAUAUGGUGGUUAUCGAACUCAAUCUUGUGUCUGGGUAUAUCCCAAAUAAAGAUGAUCUAAAGAGAUUGGUUGGGAGCUCGAACGCAAUCAAACGUUAUGAAGUAGACGGAAGCAAGGUAUCUUUUUACAUCGAUGAGCUGACCAGUGAACGGCUCUGUGGUGACAUCAGCAUAAUACGUGAAGUCACCGUGGAAGACGUUAAGCCAGGUUCAGUGGUCGUCUAUGAUUACUACCAGCCUGAGUUUUCGUUAAGCAAGUCCUACACGCUACCUCCUGUAGAUGACUGUCUUUAUGCUGUAUAAAGAAGUUUUGGCAGUUCCCCUUACCUGGACUCUACUUGGCGUCGCAGAAGAAAACACAAUGAAAAAUAAUUACUUUUGAACAUUUACCUCAUGUUUGCCUACCUACUUAUUGUAGGUUUAUCCAUUAAGAUAUUUUUUUAAGAUCUGUCGAAUGGUAACAUCAGCCAAAAUCUGUAGGGAAUAAAUUUUUAACUGUGUGGGUUACUUUGUACAAAAGAGACAUCUUUCUCUUGACAUUUAAUAAAUUAAAAAUUCA